AUGAGAAGCUUUGGAUCUUUUAGUAACGUUGUCAUCGCCUUGAUGGCUCUUCUGCUGGUUGUCGACACAGUUUCGGCACAAGAAUGUACCGUUUGCGGAAACGCCGCCAAUGUGUUUAGCAAUCCUUCGGCCAAGUGGAAUGGACUCACCUGCCAGCAAUUGCAGAACAGUCUCACCGCAUUGGGCGCUGCGGAGGGCUGCUCCGCAGUCCUUGAUAGCGGCCGUUAUAAUUGGUUUCAACAUGAAUCCUUUUGUGGAUGCCAAGGUUUCACGGCACCUGAAACUUGCAGCCUUUGCGCCGAUGACGAACUUGUGGCCUUUCCCACCAAUCCUGUCCCAUGGCCAGAACCGGAACGUUACACCUGUGCUGAGGCUGCAGAGUUGGCCCGUCACGUGUCGGAUCCUUCCAUUUGCUCCAAUGAAAUUGCGACGGAUGCGGUCAAGCAAACCUGUUGCCGUAAGAAGGGUGAGGGUUGUCCUACUUGUUCCCUUGGAGGCGGAUUCAAACUCAACAGUCGAUACCGAAAUAUCACUUGUGAUUUGGUAGCAGCCGAUACCUUUGAACUUGACAAUGUCCAAUGCAAGGCGUAUUAUGGUCGAGAUACUCACUACUGGAUGAACUGGGAGACCUUCUGUGGUUGCGACGGUGCUGUGAUUCCAGAAAAGCCAUGCACUCUAUGUGGAUCCAACUUGGAAGUGGUCAACCCCGAUGCUAUUACCCCCUGGGUCAACGAGACGGAUGUCUACACCUGUGCCGAAGCGAAUGCCUUGGCACUCCACAUUUCCGACAAUGAUGUUUGUGUGGACGAAGUCCAAACUCCUGCAGUUUUGGAAGCUUGCUGUGGACCCAUCACAGGUGGUGGAGGUGGAGGUGCUACUGACUCGUCCGCUUUUACUCCUGUCAUCUCGGCUGCAGCAGCGGGUUUGAGCAUGGCCAUGUUGAUGUUGGCCAUGUUGUAA